GUUUGUCAUAUUGAUCACACAAACUUCAGAGAAGCUUAUUUUGUGUUUUUUGUGGACAAAAUUUUAAUCACAAACAAUGAAUUCCACUUUGAAGCUGUACGAAGCAUCGGUGGUGCCGGUUCCACCACCACCAUCAAGGUUCACAUUGAACGAGUGGUAUUUAAACAACCGCGUCCGCUACCGAACGUGCCUAGACCAACAGCAACUGGCAGAUAAAAUUUUGGCAGAAUGCGAAAGAGGAAGAGAACAAAUACAGGAGAUCGCGUUGAUGAACAAGAGGGAGGUUGACCAUAAGAUCGAAGAGAGAAUUGGCGACAUUACGUUUAAUAAGGGCGAACUCGUGAGACAGCGUAAAGAAGUUUGUUUGGAAAUUAAUAAUCUAUCCAUUUACAAUGAGCGAAUCGUGGAUGCGUUGGCCUUUUUGAAAAAUCAGGCGUUGCCUAUUAAUAGGAAAUGUAUAGUGCUGCGAGAAGGUCGGCUUGGAAUUGACAUGUGUCACGACGAUGUCGAACGAGAACUACUUAAGGAAACCGAAAUUCUGGAAUCCGCAAUGAGCUUACUAUACCGUGUAAUGGAACAGGGAAAUGAGCAACUGCGACGCCUACGCUCUACAAUUUAUUUCAUGGACCGAGACUUGGAGGAUAAGGACAACGUUUUAAAAAUUGACGCUGGAAAUCUGUCAAUCAAUCAAAAUAGCAUGAAUCUCAGCAUGUACCAUGGAUUUACUCCCUUAGAUCCGUCCAACAUCACAGCAGAGGAAUGGGAGGUUUUCACGCGUCAAAAUAUAGCCAGAGCCGCGAAAGAAAUAAAUAGCGCAUGCUGCUUGCGAUCGUACGUGAACACCUUAAUCGGUCAAGUAAUGGAAGAUUUACGAAAUCAGGCGGAUAUCGUUAACGAAGCAUUUCGAAGACGAAUCGACGAAAUUAAGGAGGCGAAAACCAAACUGGAAGUUAACCAUAGCGAAAUUUCGCGCCAAACAAACGAAAUGACUCGCAAUAUAUUACAAUUAGAAAAAACGUUGAGUACAAAUGAGGGAUUUAUGGCACUAUCGCAUACUCGUCUAGGUAAACGCGCCCAAAGACCUGGUAUGGAAUUGUGUCGUGAUUUAGUCGAAGUAAAUUUGGUUAACGAAGUCCGAGAAUUAAGAGACAAUUGUGCGGCACUUCAACAACUACUUGCUGAGGCGCAAGCUUCCUUACGAUACUUACUGAAGACUCAAAUUCAAUUAGAAGAAGACGUAAACGUUAAAACAAACAGUUUAAAAAUCGAUGAAGUUGACUGUAUGACGCUUCGACAAGGUUUGGACUACCAUAAUUACUAAUUGCAAUCAAUCAACCUUUUGAAAGUGCUAUAUCCACUGCCAUUGUAUGUCAAUA